AUGACUGUGGUUGAGCACUUGAACUUCUAUGCUCGAAUCCGAGGAGUGCCUGAUCCCACACACAACGUCAAUGAGGUGAUGCGAGCAGUCGGUCUCCAGCCUUAUGCAAAUCGUAUGGCGGCUAAACUCUCGGGCGGUAACAAGCGCAAGCUCUCGCUUGGAAUCGCUCUCAUGGGCAACCCUUCGGUGCUGCUCCUUGACGAACCUUCUUCCGGCAUGGACGCUGCCAGCAAACGAGUCAUGUGGCGGACUCUUGCUUCCGUUGUGCCCGGCCGCUCGCUCGUGCUCACCACACACAGCAUGGAGGAAGCCGACGCGCUCGCCAACCGAGCAGGAAUCAUGGCGAGUAGAAUGCUGGCGCUAGGAACAACCGACUACCUCCGACGAAAACACGGUGACGCCUAUCACGUGCACCUCGUACACAAAGCCGCACCCCACACCGCUGACGCCGACAUGGAAAGAAUCCGGCAAUUCGUCACGGCCGAGUUCCCUGGCGCCAACGUCGAAGAGAAGACCUGGCACGGCCAGAUGAGAUUCUCCGUGCCCAUGAACACUCGCAAUGCCUCCGUCGUGUCGGAAAAGGACGCCAUCGCCGUGGGAGAUCGUGCUCCGGCCACCUCCAUGGGCGCCAGCAUCUCCGCGCUCUUCACGUUACUGGAGAAGAACAAGCAGAACCUCGGCUUCGAGUAUUACAGUGUCAGUCAGACGACGCUGGAUCAGGUCUUUUUGAGUAUCGUCGGUAAGCAUAAUGUCGAGGGCGAGGAUCAUCGGGGAGACGGGGGUGGGAAUGGCGUUGCGUACGAUGUUAAUGGUUUGCGGUUUGGGGGAUUCGGUUGGUACUAG